CAUUACAAGUAAAAAGCCCUGCAUUGAAAAUGUUACUUAAGUAAAAGUAUGUAAGUAUUAUUGGGAAAAUGAACCUAAAGAAUCAAAAGUGAAAGUUCUCAACGCAGAAAAACAGACCCUGUGGCUGUUAUACUAUUAUAUAUGAUAUUAUUAGAUUAUUAUUACUCAUGCAUUAAUGUGUAAGCAGUAUUUUACAGCUUUGGUUGGUUGAAGUGUAGCUAUAUAGGGCUGCAACUACUGAUUAUUUUCAUGAUGUCUGUAAUUAUUUUCUUGGUUAAUCGAUGAAUUGUUCAGAAAAUAUUGAGAAAUGAGCCAAAAGUGACGUCUUCAAAUUGCUUGUUUUGUCACACUAAUAGUCCAAAUCUCAAAAUGAUUCAGUUUACUGUAAUUUAAGACCAAGAAAAGCAUUUGAGAAGCUGGAGUCACAAAGUAUUUGCAGCUUUUCAUGAAAAAUUAGUUCAAGGAUUAAUCAGUUAUAAAAAACAAGACUGUGUCAAAACCUAUUAUAUGGUUGGACCAUGUAUGGUCAUCUUGUGAAAUUGUGGCCAGUUUGUUACAGGGAUAGUUACUGGUAGUGUCUAUAGUGUGAAUUCCAGGAUAUUAAAUGUUCAUCUGCAGUUUUCUGUAGUGGUCCCAGUAAUAUUUGCUGGUAAAGUGUACUCAAGUAGCAUAUCACAUGACAUGGUUAUAAAAAAAGGUUAUAAAUACAGUUGCAAGAACAAUACUUUCCACAUCUAUCUUGCAAUAUAUGUUAACUCCCCCUUCUCUUUCAUCUUGGUUAUCAUGGUGAAAUAUCAUCUAGAGUUAUAAACUCUUUCAAAAUACCAAGCUAGAAUUUGCCACUUUGGGUGGUACCAGUCAGUGAAAAUUCAUGCCUGGGCCCGUCGACUAAUUAGGGAUGACUAAUCAACUCGUUACUGGUGUUACCGGUUACACAGAACAUUUUACAAAAUAAGAUAUUCGUCAAUGAUGCUCAUACGUAGAGCGCUUACUUUGAUCUUUAACAUUAGAUUUUUAGUUUAGAUCUUCCUCAUAUUUAAGAGUUAGUGACAGCGGGCUUCAGGCUGCUGCCAGCGGGUCCUCCUCCGUGUUCAGCCGGGCUGCGGCGCACACAGACGGGGACGAGCCAACCAGAACCCCAGCAACUCGCCUGCCAUCCGGAGAGAGACACACCGAGAGCAGGAUGAGCAGGCAGAGAGCGGGACAGUUGCUACCGGAAAAAACAAGCACCAAGACCCGGGGAGACAUGAGAGCAGCUGUUCGUUAACUGCUGGCGUCACGUUUGUUUACAGCAGCAGGACGGAGAACAGACGUCUCACUCCGCUACUUUUUUUGCUGCGACUCUGGUGCUGCUGCAGACGCUCCCGCAGCAGACAGUCAGUUUAUAAUUGUAUCGUCCGUCGUCCGACUAAGUAUUGAUAAAACGCUUGAUACUUAACAAGUUGGAUUUUUUUUAUUUGAUGAACUUGGGUGCUGAUACGUGAAAAUGAAAUAAAUUGGGUUGUUUCUAUAGAAAAAAGCAAAACUACGGUAUGGGGGGUGGGCAAGUUAUGUAAUUGGUGUAUGCCCAAAAUCGACCACCGUGCCAAGCCAAGCCCCUAUCCGCCUUUUUUCUGCCUCUUUCCCGGUUGAUGAGGCUGCGUUGGAUUGUACAUGAAAGUUUUGACAGCAUAUUGGGUGCAAAUUCAGGAGGCUUACCUCCACCCAGUAACCGCCGUUACAGUCAUAUCAGGCGAACCCACAGAGCAGCUACAAGUUUCAUUUUUCAUCUACACGACUCGUCUUUCUAAUGCCGUUGUUCGUCGUUUGUGAUGUGAAAACAUCUGAGAAAUAAACAGUUUGCGUCCUGGUAUUAGUUCAGUUAAAAUCCAAACGUACUACGGAGCAUCUCUCCUGCCGGCUGCUGACAGCUCUGACAGCAGGAGAGUCGAUCACACUGGACGGCGGAGGAGGAAACACACAGAAGCUGUAUCUAUUUAAACUGGAGUGUAGCCGACUUCGCUGCAUUUAACACCGGAGCUGAGAGCAUCAGAGCUUGGAGCAAGAAAGAGCAGCAUUUCGAAAAAGCAACAGCCAAUGGCGAAACUCCAAAACUCGGCUGGCCAACCAAUGAGACAGCAGAGCCACCGGAUGGUGAUCUUCAUAGCCAUCUUCAUCCUGAUGACACUCCUCAUCCUAUACAGCUCCAACAACAACAACGAAAGCAUCUACACUCCCUUCAAUGUGGCUGCAAAUAAUGCUCUCAGGUCUACAGAUUUGAAGAAGUGGGCUGGGAAAGACGGUUAUGUGCCCGUUUACGGUAACAAGAAUAUGAGCUUACACUGUCGUAACUGUGCGCUGGUGACAAGCUCCAGCCAUGUUCUGGGUAGUCAAGCGGGAGAGGAGAUCGACCGUACGGAGUGCGUGAUCCGUAUGAAUGACGCCCCCACGUUGGGUUAUGAGACUGACGUAGGCAAUCGCACCUCUCUGAGGGUCGUAGCCCACUCCAGCGUGUUCAGGGUGGUCCGCAGGCCUAAUGAGUUCCUGCGCCAUUCAGACAGCAACUCUAUGAUCAUCUUCUGGGGACCCCCGAACAAGAUCGGGAAGGACGCCAAAGGAACCUUGUACAGAUUGAUCCAGAGAGUCAGCAUGACCUACAGCAACAUGUCUUGUUUCAGUGUCACACCAAUCAAGAUGCGCAGAUUCGACAGUCUGUUUCACAGGGAGACGGGACGAGACAGACAAAAAUCUCACUCGUGGUUGAGCACAGGCUGGUUCACCAUGGUCAUGGCCAUUGAGAUAUGUGAUAAUAUCAAAGUAUAUGGGAUGGUUCCACCCAAUCACUGUGGAAAGAAAUCUGUAUCCAAGAAGAUGCCCUACCACUACUACAAACCCAGGGGGCCUGAUGAAUGUGUAACGUACCUACAGAACGAGAGCAGCCGUAGAGGGAACCACCAUCGCUUCAUUACCGAGAAACAGGUGUUUGCACGCUGGGCCAAGCAGUACAACAUCACCUUCACUCAUCCCAAAUGGUGAAAAGACUUUUACGAGAACCACAAAGAGAUUUAUUUGCACUCACAAAAGCCUGAAUGAGCGCUACGGGCUGGAUUUUACUACAACUCCCCUUGAAUGAGCCUUCAAAUAACCACAUGAUGAAUGACAGCUAUUUUCAGGAAUCGCCUCGAGGAUUUGAAAAAAAAAAAAAAAAGCUUUUGGAAAAAAUCUAUUAUCGGACCAAAUGACUGAGAUGUCUGAGAAUGUUUUCUGUCGCAAAAGAAUCUCAGUUUUGAGAGGUUUCUGAAAUACUCCAGCCGUCUGAUAAGCGUUUUUUUGUAAAUAGAGAAGAAAAAUAAUUUUUACACGUUUAUAUUUUUGUUAUUAUGUAUUGAAAAUGCACUUCUGUUUCCCAUGUUGAGGUGGGAUUAUAUAAGCAAGUUCCUCUAAUUAGAUGUGACUAUGUGGCCUACAACCCUCUUUUCAUACACAAACUAAGACGAAAACUUACAAGCAUCAGUAUAUAACAUCUUAACACAAGGCUGUACAAGAAUUUAACAGUCCGCAAUGGCACAAUUAUGAUUUAAACCAGGAAAUAUCUGAGCAAACAAGUAAACACGACUAACGAUCUCAUCGAGAAUUCAAUGCCAGCAUAUGGUAGUUUUUAAUUUAAUACUUGGUGCUACAGACCCGUUGUGAUUAUUAUUAAACUGAGGCUCAAAAUCCAGCCAAAGUGAACAGAUGUCACAAUAAAUAAUGAAUUACCACGAGGAUGAAGCUCUUCAGUACCUUCAGUUUGAGGGAUUUUCAUCUUUUUCCAUUGAAUAGUGAUAAAACAAAUGUACACUGCUGCUAGUGUGCAAUUAAUUCUUGUUUAUAAUAAUUGGACACAUUCAGAUUUCAGACAUUAUGUAAACCAGAUAUAUUCAAGACUCAUACUUAACAGGUCAAACAUCUACUUCAACUUACCCUCAAUUUGAAGACAAUACUUCAUUUGUUACAUUUUUGCUGCAGUAGAUGCUGAUUUUAAUAGAAGAACAUAAAAGGCCUCAUGAACGUAAACCUUUUGACCUCAGUGGCGUUCCAGCGCAUGCAGCUCGUAUUCAAAUGCAUCAUGGUCGUGUUUCGUGUCAGUAUGUUGCUCUUAGGACUGCACGAUUAAAUUAGAAGUCAAAUUGAAAUUUUAUUGCAGAAAUGUGAAGCGGGGAAGGGGGGGGGGGCGGUUUCUUUUAAACGAUGUUGCCUUUUACAAGUAAUUAAUCUGCAGAUAUUUUGUCAGAAUAUUCAUGUGGAUGAGAGAAUCUUAUCAAUGUGCUUGAUUAAUAUUAGAUGUAAUCAGAAGCCUUUAUUUACUUACUGAAAACAAAGUCAAUAAUGAACACGAUGAAUAUACAUGAGCCGCAUCGACUGUGAUUAAACUGCCUACUAAAUUUA